AUGUCCGAUUCAGAGUAUUACAAUUGUUUAUCUCGAGAUAUAUUAAAACUUCUUGACGAUCCCAGAGAUUAUGAUAUGAUUAUAACUGUUGGAGAAGAUCUAGAUAUUAAAACAUAUUUUGUUCAUUCUAAUAUUUUACGAGUAAGAUCUGACUAUUUUAAGACCGCUCUUUCAAGUGGUUGGGUUAAAAAAGAAAACGAAACUAUUCAAUUUACUAAACCUAAUAUAUCCCCGACUGUUUUUGAUGUUAUUUUAAG